AAGAAAGUAUCCAAAGCUGUCGCUAGGUGAUCAGCAUUUGUUUAAGCGGAGCACGGAAGUGCUAAGUUUGUAUGAGUUUGUAAUAGUUGGGUGUUUGUUCGUGUUGCUGCAACUAGUAUUUUAUACCGCAUUGAUAACCGUUUCGCAACUGUUAAUAUGGUCACUGUUCAUCAACCUUUCAUGGUUGUGGAGUGCAACCGGUCAUACAUCGACUUGUUGUUUUAUCAUGAUCCAGAAAAAUGCUUGGAAGGAAUCAUUCAGCUCAAAAACUCGGUUAUUGGCAGCAACAACCAGAAAAGCACCGUCAUUAGAAUGGGUCUGGUUCCAAGGCUUUUACAGAUUCUGCGUGAAGAGUCACAUCCGCAGCUUUUGUGUGAAGCAGCAGUGAUUUUAAACAGCCUCGCUAAAGGCACUGAAGACAAUGUGAAAUCACUGCUUGAUGCUGGCAUUUUGCCAGUGCUUUUACAAGGACUAUUGCAUUCUGACCAGAAAUAUGUGGAAGCAUGUGUGCGCUGCCUACGCACAUUAUUCCAGUCUGAGCUGGCUCCCGUCGAAGCAAUGUACGAGGAGCAGUGGAUUAUUCCCCACUUGCUGCGUAUGGCCAACCAGCCGUACACUCCAAACCAAGAGUGUGUCGCUACUAUUCUCACAUCUAUUUGCAAGACUACGGAACACCAGAGCUUUCUGUGUUCACAAGGUGCUAUUCCAACUCUAGCUGCUAUGCUCUGUUCACCAUCCUACAAGGUUCAGUUGCCCAGUUUGAGAUGUCUGGCUCAUAUGUGCUACCAGAACCAGAAGGUCUCGAGCAUUUUAGCAACUUCAAGUUAUGGUGGUCGAUCGGUUCCUGACCUCUUGGUCACCUUGAUGGCCAGGGAUAAGCCAACAGAAAUGCAGCUUGCUGCAGCCAAGUGUAUGACAUUCUUGAGUCGUGCCGGAGCCAUUCGAUCUGAAGAUCCAAGAGUGACAUUUAAGGCUCUACCUACACUGGUUCGGAUGUGUAAAAAAGAACAAACUCCCGAAGAACGGGCAGAGGGGGCUGAAACCUUAGCUUAUCUUGCCGAAGUGGACACUGAACUACAACGAAUUGCCAGCAUUAGUGAUCAUCUUAUCCCCACAUUGGCAGAAUUGUUAAAGUACCAGCCACCGUCCGCAGUCGUCCUGUACAAAGGCCCCGUUCCAGCUGUCACUAUGAAGAAGCUGGAACAAGAAUUAAAGGUUAUGCAGGAGCUGAAGCAGGCGGCUUUUAAGGCAUUCGCGGCGCUUGGUGCCAACGACGAAGACAUACGUAAAAAAAUUAUUGAAACAGACUCGUUGAUGGAACACAUAGUGUCCAGCCUGUCCGACACCAACCCGCGGGUCGGUCUGGCGGCCGUGCGGUGCCUCCACAGCUUAUCCCGUUCCGUGCAGCAGCUGCGUACCACUUUCCAGGAUCACGCUGUUUGGCGACCCCUUAUGAAACUGCUUCACAACGCCUCGGACGACAUUCUCCUUGUAGCGUCCUCGACACUCUGUAAUUUACUCCUCGAAUUCUCGCCCAGCAAGGAGCGCUUGCAGCCGAUCCUGGAGUGUGGGGCGGUGGAGCUGUUGUGCAGGCUGACACGUCGAGAGGAGCCAGCUCUGCGACUCAAUGGCUGCUGGGCGCUCAUGAACAUGGCCUUCCAAGCAGACCAAAAAAUCAAAGCACAGAUUCUCGCUACUCUGGGCACGGAACAAAUGUUCCGUCUCCUUUCGGACCCAGAUGUCAACGUUCUUAUGAAGACUCUGGGACUCCUGCGUAAUCUGCUAUCCAUUAAACAGCACAUUGAUCAUAUCAUGGACAGCCAUGGCACACAAAUAAUGCAAGCCGUAGUUCUUAUUCUCGAGGGAGACCAUGACGCAGACGUUAAGGAGCAGGCCCUCUGCAUUUUGGCCAAUAUUGCUGACGGUGAUUCGGCCAAGGCAUUUAUAAUGUCAAACGAGGAUGUCCUCAAGAAACUUACUACCUACAUAGCACAUUCAAAUGUGAAGCUGCAGAUUGCUGCCACAUUUUGCAUAUCAAACUUGGUGUGGAGUGAGGAAGAAGGUGCUCGAGAAAGGCAGUCCAAGUUGCGCGAACUGGGGGUCCAGAAACUGCUGCAGUCGCUGCUUACAACAAAUGAUACCAUUCUUUUCGACAAAGUGAAGACAGCAUUACAACAGUUUUCCUGAUCCUUGGAUUACAGCGUACUGGCACAGCAUGGUGUGGAGCAGCAAAUGGUUAUUGGAAGAAGACACACGUGACUAAUUCAUUGCUUUUGUGUUGGUGUCCGUAGGUAUUUAAUGCUAGGUUUUAUGUCAGCAUACAUAUGCGGACCUGCUUUUGUAAAAUGGACGACUCUAAAUGUGUACAGAGACUAACCGUUGUACAUACUGUUGUUACAAUAGAGUGAUGUACAGUAUACAUUAAAACCUCCGAUUGACAUAGUUGA